AUGUCAAGAAAAGGGGAGGACUCAUUAUAUCCUUUGGAUGUUACAGAACUAGGUGGAUGGGGGGAGAAAGUGUUAAUUGGAAAGAAGAAGAAGAAGAAGAAGAAGAAGAAGAAGAAGAAGAAGAAGAAGAAGAAGAAGAAUGUACCCAGUAAUUCUAGUACCCAACACUCGCAAGGAGAUUAUCAAAAUAGAUAUUAG